UUCCGACUAAAUUAUGAGUAGAUUAGCAAUCAGUCAGUGUGUCAGAGGCCGCUGAUGUUUUACUGCUUCUUUUACGAAACCAGUUUACUGCUGUCAACCAUGCUUACACUCCAUUUCCUCUUCAUUGCUGCUUUUUCAAGUUUCUGGCAUGCUGCAAUCACAGUGUGUUCUUACAACAGUAAUACUGGAUCGAUAUCAAAGCGAGAAGCAACAUGUUCUAUACCUGAGCGAUUGACCUAUGGAAGUUAUCGGAACCACCCGAGACGAUGUCCCAGUGCUGAGCAAAGCGCUGCAUGUCGAUUGGUACCAGGAACCACGGUACCAGACAACUGGCUAAUUUUCUACAGCUGUGAGACUGGCUACCAGCUGACCGGGCCUGCAAGAGCAUCCAUCUGCAGGAAUGGACAUUGGGCACCCUCUCUACCCGCCUGCACACUUCAGUUGAACAUAGUGACCAGAGAAGGAUGGGGAGCUGAGGAAGGUCGGCCUGAGUUUCUCAGUCAUCCCCUGCCAUUAAGUCGGGUCAUUAUCGAACACACAGCAACAGACCUGUGUACCUCCAAGUCUGACUGUAUUCUCAGCAUCCAGUCCAUACAACAAUAUCACAAUCAGUUAUAUGGUGAUAUCGGAUACAAUUUUCUUAUUGGAGGAGAUGGUACUGUAUUUGAGGGCCAAGGGUGGACGCACGUUGGAGCGCACACCAUAAAUUACAAUACCGGGAGUAUUGGUGUGGCGUUGAUCGGCAACUUUGUAUCAACUGCAGCACCGGAGGCCAUGAUUACUGCUGUUCAACGACUGAUAGCUUUGGGCCAGUCCACGGGCAAGAUUGCCGCAGACUACAAACUGUUCGCCCAUUGUCAACUGAUACAGGUGGCCAGCCCAGGACUUCAAGUGUUCAACGUCAUCAGGCAGUGGCCACAUUGGGACAGCACAAAAGCCUUGCAAUGCACUUCAUAGAUCUGUAUAAAAUAAGAUAACUGAUUGGUAAUAAGGCAUGAAGAUAAUUCAAAUGAUUGUUGACUAUUCUCAUCUUUAACAUGAGUUUAUAGCAGUAUAUGUCUUUAAAAUUUGGAUGUUGCCAUAAUUAGUUAGUACUUUUUAUUCUGAUGUUUUGAUAAUUUAUGACAAAUAUAUUUUAUAGUUUUAUUGUUACAGUGCAGCUCUUUAGCUUAAUACAAUAUUAACUUUCUAAUGUAUAUUGAAAAAUAAUUAUACUAAUUUUAUGUAUAUUAAAAAAUGGUCUUAACUAUAAUAGUAGUUCUCAUGACAAAAGGUUGUUUGAAAUAUGAUAACACUUUGCUCCUUGUGAUGAACAAUGUUUUUCAUAAGAAAACUAAAUAAAAACUUGUACAUUUCAUUUUUUUGUUACAUAGUAACUAAACUUACUUAUGCUGUCAACUUACAUAUAAAAACAGUUGUUAUUUUCUUGUACUGAAAAAUAAUAAAGAUUGAGGUUAGUGCACUGAAAAAGCUUAUAUUGUGCUCUAAGUGUUUAUUAGAUCUCUGUUGUCAGUGAGUUUAUGGGCUUACAAGUAAUAAAAAAAACAACUGUUAUUUUUCCAGUAUGAUAAAAAGACAAGUUUUAUAUAUAAAAUGUUUGUACCAAAUUGAAAUUAUUACGAUUAGGUCUUUUUAUAUCCUAAUAUAAUAAUAUUAUAAAUUUGAAAGUG